CAAAGAAGAACCCUUUAAAAUAUAAUAUCAAAAUUCUAUCGGGUGGGAUAAUACGAAGGAUGGCGGUUUCGAAGAAAUGGGCAUCGACAAUCUCCGCCGUCGCUUCAUCUCUGUUUGCAUUCAUCAUCGUCUUCCAGAUUCCUCUCUUCCGAGUAGCGUGCAGGAACAAGACCUGCGAAUCACCACUGGAGGUUAUAUCCUCUCAGUUGGUUGGAAGCGAAUUCGUUCCUCCACCACUUGUCAAGACUCUCCUUUAUCCUGGUGCCACUGCCAUGUCCCUUCUCCGUGGCUCUCCACUCCCAAGCUACCACAACUUGUUCCACUUUUACCAUUUCGACCAGCUCAGUAGACCCUCCUCCUCUCUUUCAACCGAUGAUAUCCGCCAUCUAGAGGUGUUUGCUGGGUGCUGUUUAUGUCUGCUAGGUGCUUUACUCAGCAUCAUCAAACCCAGAAGACUAACCUUCAUUGGCACGCUCUUGAUCUAUUGGGGUCUUCUCAGAGACAUUCUCCUAUUCAACUCCUCUGCUCGUGUCUACCCAACGCUCUUUCUCGCUUCACUCUCUGCUUUCCUCUCCAUACGAAGCGACGUCAGGAAGAUCAUCCAAUGUUGUUGUUGCACUUCUAAGCCCCUUUCCAAAUCUCUCUGACCCUACAUGAGUAAAAACUAGACUAGUCUUCUAACUUAGAGAUCCCAAAGAGGUAGAAGAAGUCACUAUUAUUACUUUUUUAAACAUCAUAUCAUCAGCGAAACAGUUAAACAAAACUGCUUAGAAUCUUUGUUAC